AUGAAAGGUUUCAUCAAUCAAAUCGCUUCUCAAAUGAUGACAAUUUUGUAUCCUGCGCUAAAGGGCAAGAACACAGUGAUCAGUGCUCGUGGACUCUAUUUGAAAAGCCACUCAACUAUGGAGGCCCCUGGUAACAGUGACUAUGCAUGCAAGAUGAACGACCCGACUGCAGAACUAAUGGGGUGUGUCCAGCACAAAUUGCGGAUUGGUCGGAAUGAUGUAAUCGGUCGAGUGGAGGUGCCGUUGGAUAAGGCAACAGCAAUCAGAGGAGUGACGAGGCGGUAUCUGCUUCGGAAGAAAGCCAGCGAAAAAAAGUAUCCAGGAGAGGGGAAGUUACGACACCAAAAUGACCCCGACAACCUGAGGAUCGCCAGUGGUAUUUCUGACGUUUCAGCAACUUCCACAAGCAGCAAGGUGAGCAAAGGAGGGACGAUUUCACGUUUGUUUGGGAAGAAAAAGCAAAAACAGUCAACGAUGGAGCCAAAACUCAUUCAAACAGAGCCACUACUUGAAAAUCGUUCAAAAGAAGAUGAAGAAAGGGAGCCUGCAGGAAAGUCCGCAAAGGAUAAACCUGAGUUCCUGAGUUCCAAGCAAGAAAUAGACAAGUGGUUGAAGCUGGAAAUGGAUGUUUGGUCACACUACCAGAAGAACACGAAAUACACGAAAGUCGCUUAUGGAUUCCCAGAGAAUUGGACACAGACGUCACAAUUGAGCAGUAGCAAAGGUGUGCUGCUUAAUCAAAGUUUCGAGUCAAAUACGAUCUACUUAUAUUCCGAUGGAGCUUUUUGUGAAGAAGUUGGACCGCGUGGAGAGUUCAAGGCAGCGCUCGGAAAUUUCUUUGGGAAAUGUCACCCGCUCAAUUUUGGAUUUCCCAUCGAUUUUGAGGUCGCGAACGCAUUUGCCACUGAAACACUCGCCGCCAACAUGGGAUUGCAUCGUUUACGUAUUUGGAAAGGUUACAAGGGUCAAAAAGUGGUGGUGAGAACCGACUGCUUGGAUCUCAUCAAGGCCGUGGGCAACCUCAGUCGGGGCGAGCACGAGAAAAUGCCGUUGCGAAAUGGCGAUCGAGUUUAUGAAUUGAGCUCAGCGGAUAAAGAGAAUCUGUUGAAUCUCCAAAACGUAGCACAUCUAUUCCCUCAAGGAGUCGUCUUUGAGUGGAUCAAAGGUCACGAGACAGAUCCUGGCAAUCAACAAGCCGAUGAAAUCGCCGGCAGGGCGCGUAAGAAAGAAUGGCCGAAAAGAAAAGCGAAUCCCUACAAACCAGCAGUGGCCGGCCCGAUGAACACGGAAGUCAAUUUGAACAAUGCUAAAGCUACGAUUCUAGCUGAUGUGCUUCCAGCUUCGAAGUUCAAAAUUGAAUACGAAAAGGAUACAGCGAUGUCGAAACUUGUGCAGAAAUCAUCUGAUUGGAAUUCUCUUUUGCCUGAACUG